AUGCUGUCCCUCGCUCAAAUUGCGGCGAUUCUCACCUUCGCCGGCGCAGCGAUUGCAAACCCGGUUCCACUUGACGAACCGUCUUCCUUCUCCAUCGACCAAGCGCAUCAUACCGAACGCUCGGUCAACACCGCGCUGGAGUUACUUCGGUAUAAGCGGGAAAAUAAUGAGCCCAUCCCCGAAGCGCUCAUUCAGUCUGCCAAGAGGAGUACGGAAGAGAUAAAAGCUGCCCUAAGUACACGAGGACUCUCGGGAUCUGUCGGUGCCAUCUCAUAUAAUAUGUAUGAUGCUCUGUAUCUGAGUCCAAUGGUCAUUGGUGGCAAAACGCUCCAUGUCGAACUCAGUACUGCAACCGGUGAAUUCUGGGUGUUCUCUUCUUUGCAACCAAAAUCUCAGCUCCAAGAUCGCCAGUUCUAUCAGGUGAAUCCGGCCAAGGAGAAGAAGGGUUAUUACUUCGAUACCCAAUACACAACCGAAGCCUCAGUGGUACAGGGCAGAGUGUUUACUGAAAAUAUCAAGCUCGGCGACAUUACGACCGUACAAGACAUAGGGGCCGCAAACUACACCGGUGACGACCUAGUGGAUAUGAUAGCCGACGGUUCAUGUGGUAUUGGCUUUGGCUAUACCAACUCAGUUGAACCGCAGAGAUCACUGACAUUCUUCGAAACUAUCAUGCCCCGACUUUCAAAGCGCCAGUUCUCUGUCGCCUUGAGACACCUGUGCCCGGGUUCAUACGAUUUUGGCGAAUUCGACACUAAGAAGAUGGCUUCUCCUUUUGUCUACGUCCCUGUAGAGGACGACAACGAGUGGGGUGCCUGGAGGUUCUGGGGAGAUGGAUUCGCCGUCGGUUCCAAGCCAGUAACGUCCCGCCGUAUGCUCAUACACCUUACGACAAGCACUUCUGUCUCCUACACCGACCCGGAUAUCGUCGCCGACUACUGGAAGCAGGUUCAAGGAGCAAAGAUAGAUGAAAAAUAUGGUGCUUACGUCUUUCCAUGCAAUGCCACAAACCUCCCCGACGUCACCUUCAUCUUUUCCGGCAGCAGGCAGGUCAUUCCUGGCAAAUUCAUGAAUGGAGGAGUUGUUGAUCGUAAGACGAAAACCUGCUAUGGUCUCCUUCAGAAUAUUGGGGGUGGCGUUGACUUCAGCCUUCUUGGUAACAACUUUUUCAAGGAGAAGUACGUGCUUCACGACAUGAAUGAUCCGAAGAAUCUGAGACUCGGAUUUGCCAAGCUGGCCCCCUCCAAGAAGUGGUAGCUUAUAGCUCUACAUCAGACAUUCUCUCCCACCAGUCGAUAGUUAGACAAUCUUAAUAUCAAUCUGUAUGCUGCCUUCCAUUUGGCUGGGGCUGCU